GAUAAAAUGAAACGCAUGUUUGGAAUAUUCGUUCUCAUCGUCAUAUAUCAUGAUGAAAUAGGAGGCUCAGCUAGCGUGACACCACCUCAACCUCCUUUGCCAACUACACCAGAACCGGAACCUCAUAGGAAUUGUGGUUAUGAAUCCUGUCAUCCUAUCAAAACUGGUGAUUUCAUAAAUGUUCACAUAGUACCACACACACACGAUGAUGUUGGAUGGUUGAAAACCGUGGAUCAGUAUUACUAUGGAAGUCGAAAUAAUAUUCAACAGGCUGGGGUUCAGUAUAUAUUAGAUUCAGUUAUGGAUGCUUUGAAGAAAGACAAAAAUCGCAGAUUUAUUUACGUGGAGACUGCAUUCUUCUGGAAAUGGUGGAUCAAACAGCAUGAUAUUGUGAAAUCACAAGUACGUUCAUAUGUAAGAAAUGGUCAACUAGAAUUCAUCGGCGGAGGCUGGAGCAUGAACGAUGAAGCUGUCACCAAUUAUCAGUCAAUAAUUGAUCAAAUGACUUGGGGUCUCAGAAAACUCAACGAUACUUUUGGAGAUUGCGGUCAACCGAAAAUAGGAUGGCAAAUUGAUCCUUUUGGACACAGUAGGGAAAUGGCGUCGAUCUUCGCCCAACUUGGAUACGACGGUAUUCUUCUAGGACGGAUAGACUACCAAGAUAAAAAUUAUAGAUUGACGACGAAAUCUGCUGAAAUGGUUUGGAGAGGAAGUCAGAAUUUAGGGGAAAAAAGUGAUAUAUUUACUGGAGUGAUGUUCAAUACCUACUCACCGCCAAAAGGUUUUUGUUUCGAUAUAUUAUGUUCAGAUGAACCCAUAAUUGAUGAUAGAAAAAGCUCAGACUAUAAUGUUGAUCGUAGGGUGGAUGAUUUAUUCGACUACCUUGAUCACCAGUCUCGAUAUUAUGCUACUAAAAACCUCAUCAUAACAAUGGGAGGGGAUUUCACUUACAUGGAUGCGGAAACUUGGUUCAAAAAUCUUGAUAAAUUAAUAAGCUACGCUAAUCAAAGGCAAGCCAACGGUUCCAUAUACAAUUUGAUUUAUUCAACGCCUUCUUGUUACGUUAAAGCAGUGCACGAUGCAUCAGUUGGAAAGAAGUCGUGGCCUGUAAAAAGGGACGAUUUUUUCCCGUACGCCUCAGAUCCACAUGCCUUCUGGACAGGAUAUUUCACGUCUCGUUCAACCAUCAAACGUUUCGAGAGAGAAGGAAAUAAUUUCUUGCAGAUUUGUAAACAGCUUUACACUCUUGCGGAGCUAGACCCAAUUGACCGAGUGGAUCUGAAUGCCCUCAGGGAAGCAAUGGGUGUUAUGCAACAUCACGACGCCAUCACAGGAACUGAGAAGGAACAUGUCGCUCAUGAUUAUUCGAGAAUCCUAGCAAAAGGAAUGGAUGAAUGUAAUUUCAUUACUGCAUCUGCUCUAAGUAAACUUGUCGCUCCCGAGGAAAAACUUUUCGUAAAUGACGAGCCUGCACCUGUUAUACCUUUCGAAACUUGUCCCUUACUCAAUGUGAGCCAAUGUGGAUUCACUGAGAAAAACAAUGGUUUUGUAGUGACAGUUUAUAAUCCCCUCAGCAGACCUGUCUCGAAACAUAUCAGAAUUCCAAUUCGGGGAGAUCAUUAUGUUGUCAUCGAUCCAAAAGGAAAUCAACUGGAUACCGAAAUAAUUCCCAUACCUGAGUCGAUACUGAGAAUACCUGGUAGGAAGAGUAAUGCCAAAAACGAACUUAUAUUUCUAGCAUCUAAUUUGCCACCUCUCGGUUUCAAGUCUUAUUUUGUAGAAGAGGCUAGUGAGAAUGACCUACCCCAAAAACCCCACAAAAAUAAAUCAAGGCUGCGGGAAGCAGAAUUCCAAAUCAAUGAAACUACCGGGUCGAUCAGCAAAAUAAUCAUGAAUAAUAUAUCUCUAGACUUCAACCAAGAAUUUCUUUACUACAAAGGAUUCGUUGGUAACAAUGAGGUUUUUGCGAAUAGAUCAUCAGGUGCAUAUAUAUUUCGACCAUACGGCAAAGCUUCUAGUAUAGAAAACCAAAACCAAGUCAAAAUCUACUUGGGCAACCUGGUUUCUGAAGUACAUCAACAGUACAAUGACUGGAUCAGCCAAAUAAUUCGAGUCUAUAGCGGAGAAACAUACGUUGAAUUUGACUGGAUCGUUGGACCUAUACCCACUGACGACGCUCAUGGAAAAGAAAUCAUUACGAGAUACACGACUCCUUUGGACUCCAACUCUUUAUUCUACACUGACUCGAAUGGGCGUGAAACUCUUACAAGAAUACGUAAUUUCCGACCGACUUGGAAUUUGAACCUCAAAGAACCAGUGGCGGGAAAUUACUAUCCAGUUACCUCCAAAAUAUCAAUCAGAGAAAAGGAUCUUGAAGUCGCUGUGCUAACUGAUAGAGCUCAAGGAGGUUCAAGUUUGGAGGACGGACAAAUUGAACUUAUG